AAAAAAACGAGAAAAAUGAUAAUCUUAGUUCAAUUAAAGAUGAUUCUAUUUAUUAUUUUGUUUUCAAAGUUAACAAGAUCGUACGAACUUUAUUCCAUCAAUGACGAUGACAUUUCUUUCAUCGUUCAAGUGUGCAAAUUGUAUAACACGAAAUCAACUAUCUUUUUAUAUGGCGAAUCGAUAAAAGAAAUGGAAAUGACAACGAUGGUUUUCAAAUGGACACGUGCACUUUCACGCCAAGGUUUUACUACUUCCAAUUUGUAUUUUUCUGAGUUACAUGAAUCCUCCUAUUACGUGGGACGAAUAGUUAGACCCCAUUACAUAGCAGUAAUUUCUAAUUACAACGCUAUCGGUGAAUUCUCAUUGGCUACUAGUAAUUUCGACAUGUCUUUUGCCGUAUGGCUUGUUUUGUUCAUUUACAAGGGACAAGGCUCAGAUUAUUGUCAUAAUCCACCUGGUAAUAUAUUUAAUUUGAGAUUCGAUUCGGAAAUGUUGGUACGUUGUGGUCCGGACAAUUUUUUACGAGAGUGGUAUUCGAUCGGUCAAAAUCAUACCGAGAUUGACGUUGUGGCAAAGUGGAGCUUGGAAAAAGGGAUCAUUAAAAUGGCCCCAGAUUCUCUUUACGAUAGGAGAUGGAAUUUACAAGGUUUGGUCAUGAAAGCUGUUAUUGUUAAGGAGGGAUCAUUCGUUAAUGUUAACGAAGAUGGCCAAUUAGACGGUGUAUUUGGUAGAAUAUUACAAGAGCUAUGCGUUAGUUUAAAUUUUAGUUUUAACGUAACCACCAAAAUAGAUGAAUAUGGAAGAUGGGAUCCAAAAGAARAGACUUGGACCGGUGCAAUAGCAGAAAUAUCUUCAAAACGUGCUGACAUUUCUCUUUCGGAUUUUUCUAUGACCAGUGCAAGAUUGAACGUAGUUGAUUUCACUUUUCCUCUUUUAAUUACCAAAAAUUUUCUUCACAUUCAAGAACCACAUAUAUUCGCAAUCGAAUGGUCGACUUAUUUUCUCGCUUUUUCUCGUUCAGUUUGGCUUUGUACGUAUGGGGUAUUAACCGUUGCAUCGAUAUUGUUGAUUAUUCUUAAAAAACAAAAUGGAUCGGCACUAAAAAUUGGACAUUUGUGGUCAGAUAAUUUUUUAGAGAUUUGGGGUAUUUUGUGUCAACAAGGAUUGACUGAUUUUCCUGAUAGAUCAUCAUUAAGAAUAACAUACUUUUCAAUGUUUAUUUUUUGUUAUGUUUUAUUGGCCGCCUAUUCAGCAGCUUUGAUAAGUUUUUUAACAUCUUCUAUGAAAGUUGUACCAUUUCGUUCAUUAGAAAGUUUUAUCGAGGAUGGUACUUAUCGAAUUGCAGUUUUUCGUGGUACUUCUGAUUAUGACGUGUUUGCACAUUCGACUGAUUCACUUUCACGUCAAGUCAUGAAAUUGAUGCUACCUGAAGAUAAAUUGCCAGUAUCUAUGCUCGAAGGAUUUUUGCAAGUAUGUAAAGAUAGGAAAUUAGCAAUUUACACGUACAAUGAAAUAGAAAAGGAUAUACUUUUGAAAAUACCGUGUAACAUUAUGUCAAUUGAAUCUGGUGCUGUUAACACUUUAUCAAUUAUUUUAUCCAAAAACAAUCCUUUCACCGGUAUCAUUAAUUUUCAUUUGCAAAAAUUUAUCAACACUGGAGUAAUGUAUCGUUUAAAAGAGAUAACAUUUGAAAAGAAAUUUAAUGAUGAAACAAAACAUCAUAAUCCAGUACCCAUAACCAGUGUAAUAUCGAUUAUAUUUUUCAUACUAAUUGGUAUCGUAUUAAGUAUUCUUAUUUUAAUUAUUGAAAUUUGUUUUUUCGCUCACAAAAGGAAAAAAAAAUUAAUACCAAAUCGUAUCUCGUUAAUUAAAUCAUCGGAAAAGUUUGUGAUAAAAAGAAACAAAUUGUAAAAUAUAUUAUUAACUAAAAGGUUGUAACUUUGUAAUUUCGAUUGUAAUUUUUUUCUAAUGAAACUCGCACAGUAAUAUUCUGAGCUUUUGAAUAAUUUAGUACGACUAUAAAUUGACAUAGAAUUCAUUUUUUUUCUUUUUUUUUUCUUUCUUUCUUUCUUUUUCAUUUUAUUAUACAUAUGAGCGUAUUUACUUAUAGAUGAAAGAUAUGUUUUUAUUUAUUCAUAAAG